AUGAGCUAUAUGUUGAAUCCGACUAUCAUUCUUUUGAAGGACGGGACCGACACAAGUCAGGGGAAGGGGCAGAUCAUUAGUAACAUCAACGCGUGUCAGGCCAUAGCGGACAUUGUGAAGACAACACUUGGCCCACGUGGGAUGGACAAACUGUUUUUGGACAAUGGGAAGAUCUUAGUGACUAAUGACGGUGCCACUGUUAUGAAAAACUUGGAUAUCGUCCAUCCGGCUGCUCAAGCACUUGUUGAUAUAGCAAUGGCACAAGACUCUGAAGUGGGCGAUGGGACUACAACCGUCGUAGUCUUAGCUGGGGAAUUACUCUCGCAAGCUAAGAAGUUGAUAGAAGAUGGGAUUCACUCGCAGGUCAUCAUUAAAGGGUUUCGAAUGGCUGAGAAGAAAGCGAAGGAGACCAUCAAUGCGAUGAAAAUAUCAUUUGAGAAGAAAGACCUGAUCUCAUACCUCCGCAAUUGCGCUAAGACCUCGAUGCAGAGCAAGUUGAUUGCGAUGCAACGGGAACACUUCACCGAUAUUGUUGUCCAGAGUGUGAUGCAGUUGGACGACACCUUAGACAUCGACAUGAUUGGGAUCAAGAAAGAACAAGGCGGGUCGUUGGAAGACUCGUUCACAUUAGAAGGCGUUGCGUUCAAGAAGUGUUUCUCAUACGCAGGGUUCGAACAACAACCAAAGCUCUUUGUCAACCCUAAGAUCAUCUGCUUAAACAUCGAACUUGAGCUGAAAAAGGAGAAGGACAAUGCUGAAGUCCGUAUCGAUGACCCCACGCAGUACCAGAAAAUUGUCGACGCCGAGUGGCAAAUCCUCUACACGAAACUUGAAAACAUCGUGAAGUCUGGAGCGAACAUUGUCCUCUCCAAAUUACCAAUUGGAGACUUGGCAACACAAUACUUUGCCGAUCGUAAGAUCUUCUGUGCUGGAAGAGUCGAAGAGCCGGACUUGAAACGCGUCUGUUUGGCGACGGGAGCGAAGAUCCAAACGACGGUGAGUGAACUUGACGACACGGUGUUGGGGACUUGUGGGAAGUUUGAAGAGCAACAGAUAGGGAAAGAGCGCUACAACUUGUUCAGCGGCUGCACGAAAGCGAAGAGCUCGACGAUCAUCUUGAGAGGCGGAGGAGAACAUUUUAUUGAUGAAGCUGAGCGAUCGCUCCACGACGCGAUUAUGAUAGUUCGACGAGCUAUGAAACACAAAGAAAUGGUCUGUGGAGGUGGAGCUGUUGAGAUGGAAAUAGCAAAGGAAUUGAAGGAGUAUGCGAUGACUAUUGAAGGGAAAUUGCAAUACGUUGUUUUGGGAUAUGCAAAGGCAUUUGAAGGCAUCCCACGCCAACUUGCGGACAACGCCGGGUUUGAUCCCACGAACAUCUUGAAUUUACUCCGAAAGAAACACUCGGAAGGAGGGAAGUGGUUUGGCGUCGAUGUCAAUAACGAAAAUAUCCUCGACAUGAUGGAAACUCAAGUGUGGGAACCGGCUCUUAUCAAAUUGAAUGCAGUGGCUGCCGCUACUGAAGCCGCUGGGUUGAUCAUUUCGAUCGACGAGACUAUUAAGGCACCCGAGCACAAAAAUUAA